AUGAAUUUUGAAACAGUUUCCAUGGGAGAUGGUUGGGGAACAACAGAGGUCGUUCGGGCUGUGCGGUUCGGGUUCAUGUCAGAUGAAGAAGUCAGGCGCCAGAGUUCAGUGAAGAUCACAAACCCUAAUUUGCUUGAUGUUUUGGACAAUCCAAUUCCAGGUGGACUGUAUGAUCCUGCCAUGGGGCCCCUGGAUGAUUUAUCUCCAUGUAAAUCAUGUGGUCAGAGAUCAUACCAUUGUGGUGGUCACUGUGGCCACAUUGACCUGGUUUCGCUCUCCUACAAUCCGUUGUUAUUUAGGACCCUGAGCAAACUUUUGAAAAAUACAUGUCUUUACUGUUUUAAAUUUCGGUCGAACAGAAGUGAGGUGGCGAAAUGUGUUUCUCGGUUAGAAUUGAUAGGAAAGGGCGACAUUAUCAGGGCAAGAGAGGUGGGUUUGGAAAAGGGGGUCACACUGGUUAAUGUAACUGAGACAAAGGAUUCUAAGCAGACAUCAUGGGAUUCUUGUCUGCUCACUGAAGCUAUUGGGGUUUUGAACGAGUAUUUAAAACGGACUAAGGAUUGCAAGAACUGUGGAGGCGAGGGCCCUAAGAUCAGAACACCGACAUUUGGAUGGUUUCACGUGGAAGAUAUCUCCUUUACUGAACUCAGAGAGAUCGUCAUAAAGAGCAAAGGUUCGGAUCUGAGUCACAGUGGAAGAGGUGAGAGUACUCCAUCCGAGGUUGUAGAUGCUGAUGAUUGUUCGUGGAAGGAUGAUUCUGAGACAGUGGAAGCCCAUUCGAUUGACAAUAAAGUUGUAACUCAAGAAAAUAACUCAAAUCAUGGAUUAAAUGAUACAAGUAGUCUACCUCUUUUACCAACAGAGGUUAGAGAUAUUCUGAGGCGCUUGUGGGAGAAUGAAGCUCCUCUAUGCUCAUAUUUAUAUGAUAUUCAGCAUCGAAAAGAUACAAUUUCUGGAAAUGCAACUGGCUAUUCAAUGUUUUUCCUAGAGAACGUUCUUGUUCCGCCAAUCAAAUUCCGACCUCCAGCAAUAGCUGGUCAUUCGAUGAUGGAGCAUCCACAUACUGUUCUAUUGGGGAAGGUGCUGCAGUCGAAUAUUGCUUUGGGAAAUGCUCAAAUUAAUAUUAGUGAACGCUCAAGGAUCAUUGCUUGCUGGGUUGAUCUGCAGCAGUCUAUCAAUGUGUUAUUUGAUAGCAAAACUGCAACCAGUCAAGCUCAAAUUAAAGAUUCUGGAAUAUGUCAGUACCUUGAACAAAAAGAAGGCCUGUUCCGUCAGAAUAUGAUGGGCAAAAGGGUCAAUUUUUCAUGCAGAUCUGUCAUUUCCCCAGAUCCUUACUUGUCAGUCAAUGAAAUCGGAGUUCCGCCAUGCUUUGCCUUGAGACUGACAUAUCCAGAGAGGGCUACUCCUUGGAAUGCUGGAAAGUUGAGGGCUGCCGUCAUAAAUGGUCCUGAAAUUCAUCCUGGAGCUACAACUUAUGUUGAUAGUACGACCACUGUGAAACUGCCACAGAGCACAAAGAUGCGUGUGGCAAUAUCAAGAAAAUUACCUUCUUCUCGAGGGAGCAUUACCAAAUCAGGGAAUGAACUUGAUUUUGAGGAAAAGAUUGUCUAUCGGCACUUGCAGGAUGGUGAUAUUGUGCUUGUAAAUCGGCAGCCUACGCUUCACAAGACCAGUAUAAUGGCUCAUGUUGUUCGUGUGCUGGAAGGUGAAAAAACGCUUCGCAUGCACUAUGCAAACUGCAGCUCAUAUAAUGCUGACUUUGAUGGCGACGAAAUCAACGUGCAUUUUCCCCAAGACGAAAUUUCUCGGGCUGAAGCAUACAACAUCGUUAAUGCUAAUGAGCAGUACAUAGUCCCGACAAGGGGUGAACCCGUGAGAGCUUUGAUUCAGGAUCACAUUGUAGCUGCCGUGCUUCUGACAAUGAAGGGUACAUUCCUUACUUGGAGUGAUUUCAGCCAACUGCUUUGUGGGUCUGGUGUUUUUGCAGCAGGGCCUAGUUCACGUCAAGUAACCCAUUCCUCAAAGGUUUCAAUAGUAGAUUGUGAAGGCCUUGCGAAGUCUGUCUUGCCUGCCUUGUGGAAACCAGUGCCCCUUUGGACAGGAAAACAGGUAGUUACAGCACUACUGAAUCAUAUCACUCAAGGCUGUGCGCCUUGUAUCACAAAAAAUCAGGGGAAAGUCCCCAAGACCUAUUUUACUGGGAAAAGCUUCCAAAAUGAUGAGGAUGAAGAAGAUCAAAACGUUGAACAUGAAUUGUUAGUUUGGAAAAACGAGCUCGUGCGUGGUGUGAUAGACAAGGCUCAAUUUGGGAAGUAUGGUUUGGUUCACACUGUGCAAGAGCUCUAUGGGUCUGAUAGUGCGGGUAUUUUGCUUUCUGCAUUGAGCCGCUUGUUCACCAUCUUUCUGCAGAUGAAUGGAUUCACAUGCGGGGUAGAUGACCUUGUUAUAUUGCCUCAUUAUGAUCUCCAACGGAAGGAGAAACUCAAAGGAGAAGAUGUUGGUGAAGAGGUUCACUGUGAAUUUGUUAAUUUCAAACCUGGGCAAAUAGGCCCUGAAGAACUGCAGAUGGAAAUCGAGAAAGCCAUAUGCAGUGACAGAGAAUCUGCUACGGCAUCAUUGGACAUGAAAAUGAAGAACAAAUUGACAAGUAGGUUGACUACAGAAGGCUCUCAGGUGUUCAAGCAAUUACUGACUGUGGGAUUAUUAAAACCUUUCCCAAAGAACUGCAUCUCUGUCAUGACCACAGCAGGCGCCAAAGGUAGCACGGUGAAUUUCCAACAAAUAUCGGCCUAUUUAGGGCAACAGGAGCUCGAAGGGAAAAGAGUCCCUCGAAUGGUUUCUGGGAAGACUUUACCAAGCUUUCCUCCAUGGGAUUUCUCGUCUACAGCUGGAGGCUUUAUUAGUAGUUGCUUUCUUUCUGGCCUUCGGCCUCAGGAAUAUUACUUCCAUUGCAUGGCUGGUCGAGAAGGUUUAAUUGACACUGCAGUGAAAACAUCCCGCAGUGGAUACCUACAACGGUGCCUGAUAAAAAAUCUCGAGAGCCUAAAGGUUUGUUACGAUUUUACAGUCCGCGACUCUGAUGGUUCCAUCAUUCAGUUCUACUAUGGAGACGAUGGUGUUGAUGUGCACUGGACAAGCUUUCUAAAAAACUUCAAGGCACUUCAAGAUAAUGAAGAAAUAUAUAGUCAGAAAUUUCAGAACAAGCGGGAGUUCAAUAGUUACAUCACAAAAUUGCCCGAGGGGCUUGAAGAGGAAGCCAGGUGCUUUAUUCACAAGGCAUCAGAAAAACCGAAUGCUGGUGGGUACAACCCGCGUAAAAAGCGCAGGGUAUCAAAAAGUUACAGUAAGGCUUUUGCGAGGGACCAAGACAAGUUCUUGGAGUUGGUGAAGCAGAAAUAUUUGUCGAGCCUUGCACAGCCUGGGGAGUCUGUCGGCAUCAUUGCAGCUCAGUCAGUGGGAGAGCCAUCUACCCAGAUGACACUCAACACUUUCCAUUUGGCUGGCCGUGGUGAAAUGAAUGUCACACUUGGUAUCCCACGCCUGCAGGAGAUCUUGAGGACUGCAUCACGUGUUAUCAAGACCCCCAUUUUGACGUGCCCAUUAUCAGAAUGGAGGUCCAAGCAUGAUGUCAUUUUUCUCGUUUCAAACGUAAAGAAAGUUACGGUAGCUGAUUUGGCCGAGACCAUGGAAGUUGCACUGUCGAUCGAGCCAUGCCAGGUAGCUAGAGUUUACAAACUGAAAAUGAGGCUAAAAGACACUGAGCUUGUAUCCUUGAAAGACACGCACGACACUCUCAGAACUGCAUUUUUACUGGAAAUGGAGAUUGCAAUCCACAAACACAUAAAAUUUCUCACGAAAGUAAAUCAGAUUGAAGUCAGAGAAGAUAAUAUCUGUAGUUCAAGAUCAGAAGCAUCAGGUGAAGCUGGUGAUAAUGCUGAUGGAAGUGAUGAUGAUGCUGAUGAUGACCAUGACACAGGAGAUGAUCUCGGUUUGGACUCACAAAAGAGAAAGCAACAAGCAAGAGAUGAAUUUUUUUACGAUGAUGAAGUGUAUGGUGAUCAUGACAGUGAUAAUGGUGAAUGUGAAAAUUCUGAGGACAGAAUUGAAACUCGUGAUGCCCAAAGUGUUGAUGAGGUUACGUCAGAAGCCGAAUCCAGCCAUAGAAAAGGUGAAGAAGCUACAACUUCAGGAACAUUUUACUUGAAAGUAAGAGGCUUGUCUAAUAGCAUAAAACCCAAGUCUGUGUACAUGUAUGUUGAAGGGCUGUCGUUCGAAGUGCACUUCAGAUUCACCACAGAGCCUCAUCUGUUGCUUGCUCAGAUUGCCCAAGCUGCCGCAAAGAAGGUGUGCAUCAAGAAAAGGACGGCUGACCUUGGCAACUGCAAGAUGGUCCAAUACGACCCGGAAGAAAAAAUUGUCAUCUGGGAUGAUGAGAAGAAAAGCCCGGCACGUGAUGUUUACUGGGCAUUGAAAGCUUCGGGAGUUGAUCUCAGUUCAUUGUGGACUCAAAUGGACGGGUGGGAAUAUCUGGACCUGACCCGUCUCUACUCAAACAGCAUUCAUGCAAUGCUCGACACGUACGGGGUGGAGGCCGCACGAGCCACCCUGAUAAGGGAGGUGACACAGGUUUUUGACAUGUAUGGAGUGAAGGUCGACUACCGGCACCUGAGCUUGAUAGCUGACUACAUGACCCACACGGGUGGGGUCCGGGCCAUGAACAGGAGCUCUAUUUCCCACUCCAUGUCGCCAUUCCUUAAGAUGACGUUUGAGACAGCAUCCAAAUUUGUGGUCCAGGCUGCAUCUAAUGGGCUGAUGGACGAGCUCGAGAGUGCUUCGUCUCGGAUUUGUUUGGGCUUGCCAGUGAAGAUGGGUACGGGCUGUUUCGACUUGAUAAAUGCAUUGUGA